AUGGUGAUGUUUGCGAUCCCUGGGGAGCUAGUCGAGGUGCGCAUCGAGCGAAACUACAGCCGCUACUCAGAGGCGAAGCUGCUCAAUGUCCUGGAGCCCUCUCCAGACAGAGUGGAGCCAAAGUGCCCACUGUAUACGAAGUGUGGCGGCUGCCAGUACCAGCAUCUGGCAUACUCUGCCGAGCUCGACUGGAAAAGGCGGCACGUCAAGUCAGCCCUGGAGGAUUUCUCCGGGAUGAAACUACCAGAGGAGCUUGUCGCCGAAACGACAGCCUCACCGAAGGAGUACCACUACAGGCAGAAGCUCACCCCUCGUCUUCAGGGUAUGGCGCCCAAAGGUGGCGACCCACGUUUCCAGGAUGUUGAUGCAGAUGGGCCUAUUGGCAUUUGCGCGCAGGAGUGGGGCGACUAUCGGGACGCGAACGGCCGCCGCUUUCGCCCCGUCGUGGAGAUUGAGGCUUGCCCACUGGCGACUGAGGCCAUCAACGCAGCGCUGCCCACUGCCAAGGCAUUGCUUCGCAAGCGUGCGGCAAGAUUCUUGGCACCGCUCUCUCAAGCUGCCCGGCGUGCUGCUUCGCAGCGGAAGCGCGGGGAGCUGGUGUCGUUGCUCCGUCAAACGAGGCUAGAUGGCGUGGUGUGCGAUAGGUGGAACCAGGUGAUGACAGAAGAGAUCCCCGGAGUUGGCAAGUUUAAAUUUGCUGCCGGCCGCUUCUUCCAGGUAAACGGAUCCAUCCUCCCUAGCUUCGUCCGCGCUGUGGUGGACGCAGCGGCCGCUUCGUGGAUAGGGGAGGAAGGCCGCCCUCAAUUCCUCAUCGAUGUCUACUGCGGCGUGGGGCUGUUUGCCCUGGCAGGAAGCAGCCUUUUCGAAGCCACCUUCGGCAUCGAGGUAGACAAGAAGGCCGUCGCCCUUGCCCGCGAGAAUGCCAAGCUCAACAGCAUCUGCAAUGCAAAGUUCAUCCGUGGCGAUGCACGGAGGGGCUUAGCACAAGUCGCGAAGGAGGCGCCGGCGCGGAUCUCCACAGUUGUUGUGGACCCUCCAAGGGAAGGCUUAUCUCGAGAAACAUGUCAGCUGCUGACGGAGUGGCGCCCACGGCGAGUGGUUUACGUCUCCUGCGACCCCGCCACGCAGGCACGCGACCUGCAAGUGCUGCACGCUGCCGGAUAUGAGCCUCAGUCAGUUCGACCUUUCGACCUCUUCCCACAGACGCGCCAUGUGGAGUCUGUGCUGGUUCUUGAGUUGCCAGCCGAUGGUCUAGACCCAGCGACCGCGCCAGGGAGCGAAGAGGGUGGAAAAAAAGCAGCUAACAACCUGCUAAACCCUAAAGGUUUAGGAUUUAGGGUUUAG